CAUUUCUUCGACCAAACAGACAAGAAUUCGAAAUAGCUUAACAUGGCACGAGUUGCUUAUCUUCUCGUGGUUGCGCUUCUCGUUCUUCCUAGCACGGUUUUCGCGACACAGUAUGUCGUUGGAGAUGACCAAGGCUGGAAUUCUGGAGUUGAUUACUACGCUUGGGUUGAAGGAAAAACAUUCCAUGUUGGAGAUUCAUUAGUUUUCAAUUACAAUGCAGGUGAGCACAAUGUGAUUGUAGUUGGUUCUAAUGGGUACGAUCAAUGUCUUGCAUCUCCAAACAGCGGUGCCUAUUACAGUGGUAACGACGUACUAACGUUUGUCGCUGCCGGGGACUUCUACUUCAUCUGUGAAUAUCACUGCGAUUACAGCGACCAGAAGGUUAAGGUCACCGUAAACUAGAUUGAUUUCACAUGUAGUUUAUUUUUCUUCAGUAAAACAUAUAUUAAGGAAGAGACAUAAUUCCUCUUUUUGUGACUGCGUUUAUCAUAGU